AUGAGCCAAGGGAGGACUGGUGUGUGUGCCACAAAUAGCAAAGAGUGAGCCCUGUCUUUUACCACAAUUUGGAAUGAGGGGGGCAUACCUCGACCCCGACCGAGGAGGCAUGUGUGCGCAUUUAGACCGCUCCGUGUACAUCGUGGAAUUUCAAAACCGUUACUUUACAAGUACUCCUCAACUAUCCAGUUGAAACGGAUCUAUGGUAUAAACUCCACUUAUUUUUUUCUUUACCCGAGGGAGUUUUAAUUUUGGGAACCAGUAGCCCUGUGUGUGAGACUGUAAUCCAGCCGUCCGCACGGAAAAGAAGUUCGGCUACUGUUUACUUUUUCCUCUUAGAGUAGCCUAACCCAAACCAGGUGAAGUCGACCCCGGGUGCGCGGCCAACGCUCCGUAUAUAGUGGAAACCCUCUUUGUGGUCUAUAACCUAUUUCAGGGUCUGAAGUCUUAGUGAAGUUCUUAAUUUUUCUAACUUCAGUUUUGCUCUAUCUGUGUCUGACGGGAUGUUUUCAUGCGUCCUGCCUUUGGUUGUGGAUGGGAAUGGCAGUUUUCUGACAGCGCGCAAUAGCAGAGUCUGAUCUAGCCACAGUCAUGAUGUUCUGCUUCUCGAUAAUGUUUUUAAUCAUCUGAGGGGCACUCUUCCCCAAAGGAAGCGAGAGUGAAAACUUUCCCCAUCUCUCUCUGAACUCCAUAGUGUUCUAGGAUGUGAAAGUUGGCCUGUGGCUCACUUUGAUCUAACUUCAUUCACACGAAUAACGGAAUAACAACUUUGGGGAAAAGGUUUUGUUUGUUUGUUCCAGCUCACAAAUCAACACUCGAGUUUGCCAUAGUGACGAUUCUUGGACACCGUGGACGCCCCUCUGAAAUACCAACCAGGUCAUAUUUGAAAGAUAAAAUGUUCCAGGUCUUUGAGUAUUCCUGAAGUGCGUGUUUCUACAGAUAGCCCCGCUGCGCUGUGUUCCUUCUAUCCGGCCGGGAGAGCGGCCAGAGUGGUGUGAGGUCUGAGUGGGACGCGGAGAAGAAAUAGUCGAAAUAUCUUCCCACAUGGUAUGCCUUUAUUCUUCUGCCAGCAAAGUUGGGAGUGAAACGGUAAUGUUUCUUCGGCGGCUCUGGACGCUCCGCCGCAGUUAUUGCUCCGGACGGUUAUUGCUCCUAGGGGUCGCGGUGUGUCUUUUCUACCAGACCCUGAUGGUGGCACGGAGUCGGUUCAAAGGCGGCCCACCCGCGGCUGAUGAAGGCAACAAGUCAACGAUGACUGGAGCGUUGGAGGUAUUUGAUGAACUUCUGCAGGACCCUGCGAGGCUUAUUUCUACCCUGGAGGCUUUGGAAAGGGACAGAUAUGUCAAGGGGUCCAAUCAGAACCAGGCUGGGUGGGUCACACAAGCCGUGGUGUUGACGGGUCAGCACGUAGCCGCGGAUACGGAGGUCCAACUGUUCCAGCGGAUCCUGGAGCAGCGAGGCUACGAGGUCAGCCUGUCCCGAUACGCCGAGACCAACACCGCCCUGAGACACAACAGCGGUGGCAGUGUGGAGUGGAGUGUGUUGGUGUGUCUGAGCGGUUCGGAGAAGAGUUGUCUGAGGAGAGUGUCCUUCUCCCAUCUGCAGCCCCAUCAGAGGGUCAACAUGAUACCUGGGCUGGUGGGUGCCUUCUCUGAUGUGGACGGGCUCUGUCGCUUCCAGACAGACAGCCGGCUAGCAGGGCUGGCAUUACGCAUAAAUCCAUCUGCCUGUGGAUCGCCCCGCAUCAAGCUGGGAGAUGUUCGUGAUGUGGCACAGGGUGAUUGGAACCCAGCUAUCACCACACUUCAUUUGGUGAGUCCUGGUCUCGUUGCCACGGUGACAGUUUAUGUCCUGGUCACCUCGGUAACGCCGCUCACAGCCUUUCUUCAUCACACGGGCCUGGUCAGGACAAGCGAAGACACGGACAGCCACACCACACAGCUCAAGCCCUGUUGCGUCCCACGAGGCAUUGGACCAGGUGAAGGAGGUCAUAGGUCAGGUGUUGAGGGCGGCAGCAUUGACCAAUGAGGAGCCUAGCUCUCGGCACAGGUGGUGUCUCCUGUGUUUCCAGCUGAUGACAUUCACUCUUCAGUUCAGUGGUUCCCUUCUACCUGUCAUAGUGAAG